AUGAAGCUAAUUUCAGCUGCAGUAGCCGGAUGUGUGUUUUCUUCCGUUGCCCUGGCAAUUGAUCAUCCGCAGUUUAAGCCAUAUACGAAAACCCUCUCCGAGGACUCGUUUUUCGAGCAGUUUGAUUUGUCUGAGAACAAGUGGAGAGUUUCACAUGCCAAGAAAGAUGGUGAACUUAGUUACAGUGGUAAGUGGGAGAUUGAGGAAUCAACUGUUAACAUUGGAUUUAAAGGUGAUAAAGGUCUUGUGGUGAAAUCAGAGGCUGCAUUGCAUGCUAUCAGUGUGCCAUUGCCGAAAGUGUUUGAUAAUAAGGACAACACGUUGGUUUUGCAAUAUGAGGUGAAAUUGCAGAAGGGAUUAGAUUGUGGCGGUGCUUACAUUAAGCUCCUUGAUGCCAAUGGGGCUCCCGAUUUGGAAGAAAACGAGUUCAACAACGAGACUCCUUAUCAGGUGAUGUUUGGUCCUGAUAAAUGUGGUAGCGUUAACAAGGUUCAUUUCAUUUUGAGAAGAAAGAAUCCACAGUCUGGAAAAUACGAGGAGAAGGCCCUUAAGGUUCCGCCGAUGGCAAGAAUUGUCAAGACAAGUGUUCUUUAUACGUUGAUUAUUAAGCCUAACCAAGAUUUUGAGAUUAGAAUCGAUGGUGAUGUUGUUAAAGCAGGUUCUCUAUUGGAUCCUCGCUACUUUGAAUUGAACCCACCAAAGGAGAUUGUCGAUAAGCAUGAUAAAAAGCCUAAGAAUUGGGUUGAUGAGGAGUUCAUUCGGGAUCCGAAUGCUGUUAAACCUGAAAACUGGGACGAGGAUGCCCCCUACAUGAUUGCAGAUCCUUCUGCCACUAAGCCAAAUGAUUGGGAUGAAGAUACCCCCGUUUCAAUUCUAGAUCCCGAGGCUAGCCAGCCUUCAUACUGGGACGACGAAGAAGAUGGCGAAUGGGAAGCACCUUUAAUUGCCAAUCCGGAAUGUAAAGACCAUGGCUGUGGAGUUUGGAAUAUUCCUAAAGUAAAAAAUCCUAACUUCAAGGGUAAAUGGUUCCCACCUAUGGUCAAAAAUCCCGCUUACAAGGGAGAAUGGGAGCCAAGAACCAUUGUUAAUCCCAAAUUCUAUGACGAUAAAACACCUUCCAAUCUGGAGCCAAUUGGAGCCCUCGGGUUUGAACUAUGGACCGUGACGGAUUCGAUAUUGUUUGAUAAUAUAUAUCUUGGACAUUCCAUUGAAGAAGCAGAAGAUAUCGGUAACUCUACAUUCCUCCCCAAGGUGGAGUUAGAGGAUCAAGAGUCUGCAGCAAGUGCUCCAAAAGCCAAAUACGAGCCGGAGAACCCUGUGGAGACCGAAUGGGAGCCGGAACCUUGGUAUUCCACCAUGUUUGACUCUGUUGUUGGCAAAGCAUUCGUCUUUUUGAACAGUGCUAACAGCUACCUGCUAAAUUUAAUGUCAGAUCCUGUUCAUACCUUGUCAAAUAGACCUGGCGAAGCUGUUCUUUACUCGUCGGUGCUUGUCAGUUUCUUCUCAAUGGUGUUUGCAUUUUGGUCUGCGUUAUUGUAUUUGAUUACUGGAGGUGAGAGAAAUUCUAAUACACCUGCAGCAGUAAAGUCUCCAAAGACUGAGCCCAAAGAGGCUGUAGGAGAGUCUUCCAAGCCUACGGAGUCUGAGAAAAAUGAAACCACCGCCGUCAAGCGCCAGUAA